UAAUUUGUUACUACGUUUUCAUUUCUAUUUUACAUGUAAUGAAAAUCUUUAAGAAGAUAGGAAGAUACUGAAGCGUGCAGCCUGUGAAGCCUUUCGCUAAGCACAUCCUUUCUUUUCGUCAACUUGCAUUCUCAACCUUCUUCAAAACUCGCGAAUUGAUCAAACAACAGUAGUUCGAUGCCAAAAGUCUUGGAAGAAGAGAGGGUAUACUGAAGCGUGCAGUCUGAAGAAGCCUUGGCCAAGCCCAGCAUUUCCUUUCGUCAUUUGGAGAAAGCACAAGACAUAAAAGCAAGGAACUCUCUAAUGGACUUCGUAGAACCAGUCUGCGGUAUUGUGAAGGAUGUUGCACCUACAGUUAAAAAAUAUGUCAAGUAUCAGAUAUUUCACAAUGAUUAUGUCAAUGAAUUCAAAGAAAUGCAAAAUAAUCUGGGGGACCGACGGGAAGACGUUGCGGAAAGACUGCGUACUCAGCUUCUGCAGCAGCCUGGGAAGAUUACAAAGCAGGAAGUUAAAGCUUGGCUAAAGAAAGCAGAGCAAGAAACUGCGGAAAAAGUGGUUGAAAAUCUAAUCUGCAAAGGGGGUUGUUUCACAUAUAUGUGCUCAUCAAGAAAGCUCGAUAAGAGGACUCAAUUACUGAAAGAAGAAACAUUUCAGCAAGGAGAAAACUACACAAAAGCUGAUGAGAGUUUGGUCAUAGUUGAUAACUCAAUCAAAGGAGUUCAACUCCCUGUUGACAAAUGUUGUGGCAGGGAUGAUAAACAAGAUCAAAUUCUGGAUUUGUUGAAGGGAGACAAUGUUACAAGAAUUGCAGUUUUAGGAAUGGCCGGUGUAGGCAAGACAACAAUUAUGAAGCAUGUCCACAACAAACUCUUGAAAGAAUCCAAAUUUAACCAAGUUAUUUGGGUAAAAGUGUCAAAAGACUUUGACGUUAUUGGCCGGGAGGGUAAGGAGUUUGAUAUACUCAAGUUUCAAAAAAAGAUUGCAAGUAGCUUAGAGUUAAAACUGGAGCCAGAGCAUUAUGAGGAUACAAUCAGGCUUGCUGGAUUGAUUUUACAAAGAUUGCAGCAGGGCAGCUUCUUGCUAAUUCUAGAUGAUGUGUGGGAGCCUUUCUCUUUAAAAGACGUUGGAAUUCCUAAUCCGCCAGUUGAAAAUAAUGGUUGCAAUUUAGUGAUCACGACAAGGUCAAGAGAUGUUGCUCGUACAAUGAAUUGUCAUGAGAUUCCAGUGGAUCGUCUUCCGCCUGAGGUAGCAUCAGCAUUAUUCUUGGAGGAAGUUGGAGAUGGUGUGUUUUCAAAUGGCAAAAUUAAAAGAGAUAUAGAGCCACUUUUGAAGGAAAUUUUGCAGAAAUGUGAUGGAGUACCCCUUGCUAUUGUGACAGUGGCAAAAUCCAUGAAAGAGAAGGAACUUUAUCGUCAUUGGAAGUUGGCACUUUCUGAAUUUAGUAAAUAUAAAACUAUUGUUGAUUGUUUGAAAUUCAGUUAUGAAUGGCUAGACUCACCAUACCAGGACUGUUUCUUAUUCUGUGCAUUGUAUCCGGAAAAUUAUGAAAUCCCAAAGGAGGAGUUAAUUGAGUAUUGGAUUGAGGAAGGGCUUACGUAUAAAGAAGAGAAAACUAGGGAGCUAAUGAAUUGCAAAGGUCAUGAUAUACUCGAUAUGUUAGUUCACAACUGCUUGUUGCAAUUGGGUAAAGAGGAAUAUUUUGUGAGUAUGCAUUAUCUUCUCCGAGAAAUGGCAUUGAAUUCAUUGAAAAUUAGUCCUCAUUUCUUGGUGAAAGCUGGCAUGGCCUUGCAAAAGUUACCAGAGGAGCAUGAAUGGAGAGAAGAUCUUUUGAAGGUUUCCUUAAUGAGGAAUCACAUAACAGAAAUUCCUUCAAGCAUACCAUCUCCAAAGUGUCCUAAGCUCACAACCUUGUUGUUGUCCAAUAACAAAUUUUCAACAAUUCCAGAAGCUUUUUUUGAGCAUAUGCUUGAGCUCAAGAUUCUUGAUCUUUCCAACAAUCCUGAGCUAAGUAGGCUGCCAGGUUCUGUGUCUGAAUUGAAGAAGCUUACUACAUUAUUGCUGGCGGAUUGUAAGUCCUUAAGAGAGGUACCGUCUAUGUCCAACCUUGUACAUUUAAAAAAGCUGGACCUUUCCUGGACACAAAUUGAAGAAUUACCCCAAGGCCUCAACAAGUUAAAAAAUCUAAAAUAUCUUGGUCUUGGUGGAAGAUUAUCAGAAACAGUUGAUGAACUCCUACAAAAUCUCUCCAAUCUCCAGCAUUUAAUAGUAAAUACCAGAACAAAAUUUAAAUGGGAGACGAUUGGAAGUUGGGGGAAGCUUCAAAACCUUGAGAAGUUGAAUCUUCAUAAUUUGGAUAACUUGAAUGCGGUGUUUGGGGAAAUAAGAGUAGUUGCUGAGUCAGCGUGGCUACCAGAUGGCACAUUUUCCUCUCUUCAAUAUAUUAGUGUUUUUGAAUGUAAUAAAAUAAAGAAGCUAUUCUCGGUUCAAUGGUUGAGGUAUCUCCGGAAACUACAGACCAUUGAGGUUCAUCAUUGUGAGGAACUGGAGGAGAUAAUAGGGUCUGAAUCUGAUGGAGGAGAAAACAUCACCCUACCCAACUUAGAAAGCUUGAGAUUGACCAAAUUGCCCCAAUUAAAGAGCAUUUACAACGGUUCAAAUACUGUUUUGAUUUGUAAUUCCAUCAACAAGAUUAAAAUUGAUGAUUGCAAAAAUAUGGAGAGUGUUUUUUGGUCAGGGUUCAACCCACUCCUAAAUCUUGAAUAUCUAGACCUUUCCAAUUUGGAUAAUCUGAAAUCUGUAUUUGAUGAAGAAGCUCUUGGUUCAUUGCCACUUGAACAUCCCAUAAGCUGUUUCUCUCUUAAAGAAAUUAAGGUUGAACGGUGUCAACAAUUAAAGAAGGUAUUCUCAUCUGGACGGCUGCUCCGUUGCUUCCAAUCUCUAGAGACUAUUGAGGUUCUAUGGUGUUUGCAAAUGGAGGAGUUGAUAUCGUCAUCGGCACAUAAACAAGAAAAUGUCAGUCUACCCAAUUUACAAAGCCUGAGAUUGAUGCAUUUGCACGCGUUGAAAAGCAUCUACAACAGUUCCAGUGUGUUGAUUUGUCAUUCCAUUCAGAGUCCGACUAUUAUCGAUUGCGAUAAGCUAAUGAGGGCUAAUGAGGAUUCCCUGGAGUUUUCCCUUGAUACUAUUGCCUAGUCAUCUCAUCCUCCUUCCCUCAAAGAAAUUGUGGUAGACACAACAAAAAGGUGGGAAUCAUUUGAAUGGCACCAUUCCAAUGCAAAAGAUAACCUUUUAGCCUUCUGUAAAUUUCACUGGCGAGGUAGGGCGCACUACAAAUGUAAGCCUUUUUCCAUUCUUUCUUUCUAUCUUAAUAAAUCUCUAUCUCUUUCUCUCUCUCUCAUCUAUUCUUUUCUCCCCCAUUGGCAGCAAAAUUGGAAUUCAGCUCUGUAACCACAAGGAAGUCAGAGAAAAUCACUUUUUACACCUGUUGCUGUUGGGUUUUCAAUUUAAUAUAAACUUGCUAUUCUUUGUUUUUCUUUUGUUGUGUCAAAUUCUAAUUGGAAAAUUGGAAAUGUUUGUCCCUUUAUUAUCUGUGUAAAUUUGUCUUUGAAACUGUGUGCAAAAAAGACUUGAAAUUAAUUAAGAUCUAUCUAGUUUCCUUUACUAUUUAUUUUUUAUUGCACCUGCAUCUUUGCUCUUCUUGUAAUAUGUGUUUUAGUUGGUUGCAUUUGCAUACAUCUUCCCAAACUUCAUUCAACAUCAUCAUCCUCAUCAAUAGCAAUCGAGACUUCUUUUCAUCACUAUAUCUGCAUGCUUGUUACUUUAUCUUCUUAGAAUCACCAAAGAUGGACUGGCAUUCAGGUCAGAGUACACUCCUCGUCUUUUCUUUUGUCCUUUUCAAUAAAUUAUUUUAUUGUAU